GUGACGUCACUUCACACAGCAGCAGCAGCAAUAGCAGCAAUAGCAAUGGACGUCGGACAGUGAGACACAUGUCACAACAGUGAGCCGAAAAACAGUUUCGCGGGGGCCGAGAGACGACACACAGGCAAAGAAUGUCUCGGCACAGAAAUGUCCGAGGUUACAACUACGACGAAGACUUUGACGAUGAUGACAUGUACGGACAGUCGGUGGAUGAUGACUACUGCUGCAUAUCACCAGCAACAGCGAAUCAGUUCAUCUACUCUCGUCAAGAGAGGCAAGCACCAAAGGAGGAGCCUUUAGAAGAGGAAGAAGAUGAAGAUGUCCACAUGUCCCCUACCAUCAACCACAACCUUGACCCUCUUGAUCAAGCCAAGCUCUUUUCAUGUCUGGACCAUAUGCGGGCAGUGCUGGGAGAAGCACUACCAGACUCAGUCCUGAGCCAGGCAGCCAUUAGACAUGGAUUUGACCCACAGAGGGCACUGGAUGCAGUCCUGUCUGAAGAAGCUAAUACAGCCCCAGUUAAAAGAAGUACCACUGAGGAGGCAGCUUUGGUAGCAGGAGUUUCCCAGGAUAAAGCGCCGCUUCCACAAAGAACCAAACAAGAGGCUGUGGCUGAGAAAGCUAAAAGCAGAGAUGAGCCUCACAACAAACUGGACUCUGAAGUGGUUCCCAAAGUGGCUCGCAUGACCGUCUCUGGCAAGAAGCAGACCAUGGGCUUCGCUGUUCCCAGUGCAGGGGAGAAUGGCGUCGUCACUGCACCUGCCGCGGAGGCCACCCCCAAACGUCCAGAGACCCCGUCGAAAGGGCCAAAUGGAGACGAGCCCGCCACAGUUCCCACCCCAGGCCGCCCCUCUGCAAAGUCCCGCCAAGCGAUCAAUGUCAAGGCUGAGCUGGAGAAGAGACAGGGGGGCAAGCCUCUGCUAAAUUUGGUGGUUAUAGGUCAUGUGGAUGCAGGUAAAAGCACGCUGAUGGGUCACCUGCUUUAUCUGCUGGGCAACGUCAACAAACGUACCAUGCACAAGUAUGAGCAGGAGUCGAAGAAGGCAGGGAAAGCCUCUUUCGCCUACGCUUGGGUUCUGGAUGAAACUGGCGAGGAGAGGGACAGAGGUGUGACAAUGGAUGUUGGCAUGACCAAGUUUGAGACGACCUCUAAGGUGGUGACCCUGAUGGAUGCACCUGGACACAAAGACUUCAUCCCCAACAUGAUCACAGGAGCUGCACAGGCUGACGUGGCGGUGCUUGUGGUGGAUGCCAGCAGAGGAGAGUUUGAGGCUGGCUUCGAGGCGGGUGGUCAGACCAGAGAACAUGCCCUGCUGGUGCGUUCGCUGGGCGUCACUCAGCUGGCUGUCGCAGUCAACAAGAUGGACCAGGUAAACUGGCACCAAGAGCGUUUCCAAGAAAUCAUCUCCAAACUUGGCCAUUUUCUCAAGCAGGCAGGAUUCAAGGACUCUGAUGUUUUCUACAUCCCCACCAGCGGCCUGUCGGGAGAAAACCUUGCUACCAGGAGUUCGGUUUCACAGCUCACCGUCUGGUUCUCCGGUCCCAGCCUGCUGGAGCAGAUUGAUGCCUUGAAAGCUCCUCAGAGGUCAAUAGACAAGCCCUUCAGACUGUGCGUCUCGGAUGUGUUCAAAGACCAGGGUUCAGGCUUCUGUGUUACGGGGAAGAUCGAGGCAGGUUACAUUCAGACUGGGGACAGGAUACAGGCGAUGCCUCCUAAUGAAACCUGCACUGUGAAAGGAAUCACUCUACAUGACGAGGCUCUGGACUGGGCUGCAGCAGGAGACCAUGUCAGCCUGACCGUUACCGGCAUUGACAUCAUCAAGAUCAACGUGGGUUGUGUUUUCUGUGACCCGAAAGUGCCAAUUCAAGCCUGCACUCGAUUCAGAGCCCGAAUCCUCCUCUUCAAUAUCGAGGUCCCUAUCACACAAGGCUUCCCAGUAUUGUUGCAUUACCAGACGGUCAGUGAGCCAGCCACUAUCAGGAAACUGAUUAGCAUUCUACACAAGAGCAGCGGUGAAGUCCUCAAGAAGAAGCCAAAGUGUUUGAGUAAAGGUAUGAAUGCCAUCGUGGAGGUCCAGACCCAGCGGCCGGUGUCGUUGGAGCUGUACAAGGACUACAAGGAGCUCGGCCGCUUCAUGCUGCGAUAUGUGGGCUCCACCAUCGCUGCAGGAGUUGUCACUGAGAUCAAAAAGUGAAAACCCAUGUCCUUCAACACAGAGCCGGUCAGACCUUGCUCUGCAGACUGCACGCAGCCAGAGACAAAGUGCAAUUUCCUCAAAGUCGUGUCACCCAUGGACUCCGAGCGUCACAUCGAUCCAUCCAGCGCAGUAGCUGCUCCAUCCGACUGCUCCCAUCAACACUAACCGCACAGAUGCCAACCCUGUGGCGCUGAGCGGCCGGCUUUCUCCCCCCGUCUGACCGGUUUACAUGUUUUCAGCCACACUCAAAUCUCAGACAAUCCUACCAUGCUGAGGUUUCCUCAGUGAUCAAUUUCACUGUUCUCUCUGAAGGAACUUUCAUGAAUUUUGAGUGAAAGAUUAUAAAACCGGGUGUAGCAGCCGUACAUCACCUGUGCACAGUCCACAUUUCUCUUACUGUAAAGUUAGUGUGAGGAAUGAUUCAAUAUCCUGUAACUCUUUCCUGAUAAUGAGGCUCUCCUCAAAGCUAUCAAAAGCUACUGACCUGAAUUAAUUAAUUUUAAAAUUAGAAAUGAAAGAAUGUGAUGAUGAGGGCAAACUGUUUAUUAUUUUUAUUUUUUAUUUUCUGAAUAUUUUUUCAUCUCAAAUUCCAUAAUUAAGGGCACAUGGUCUCCAAAGACAUGUAAUGUACUCUACCUUAGGUAGAGCAGUUUGUGAACAUGAAAAGGGAAACUAAAAUUUCUACUUCCAUUAAAAUCAAGAAGCAGAAUUCUCAUUUAUGAUAGUAAAAGAUAUUUACUUGAAAUGCUUCUGUAAAGGAGACUUUAAGAAAAGCAGCUAAAUGCUUUUGGAAGGGCUUUUUUUCUUCUUCUUCCUACAAAGAAAACGCUGAAUUGGUGAAAGGAGCUGUAUUUCUGUGUUGAUUCAGACAUGUUGGUGAAGAUGGUGUGAAGAAAGAUGAUGUGAAAUGAACAUGACAUCAGUAAUCUGUGGUUUGAAUUUUGAUUUCAGCAGUUUGAAGUGACCCCGUCUCUCCAAAGCCUGGUGACAGGUUUAAUGGAAACGGUUCAGAUUGUGAAAAUGAGAAUCUUAAAUUCCAGCAAAGUCUCCCGCAUCGCCGUGUGAAGAGAACUUGGGUUUUUCAAUGUCGAAGUUGUAUCGAAAAGUUGUAGGAAGUAAAAAUGUAGAGGUGAUAAAAUAAGAUAAGAUUUACACUUGA